GAAAAAAGAAAAAAAAAAAAAAAAAUACACAUUUGUUCCUUCAUUACAAGAAUCCAUUCAUUGCCACAACGCAAAGUUAGUCAAAAUAGGUGCCAUCAUCACAUCCCACAGAUUUAGAGUAGCGAUGGCACGCUUUUCGUCGCUUCACUCCAUCAUCUUUCUUUCAACGCUCGUCAUAAUAUCGCUAUUAUGGUCCAGUCUUCGGUUAAAUGAUGGCACAGGAUACUCGUCAAGGCCAUCGUCAAGGAAUCCCUUCAGUAAUGGGGCCUAUGGAAGAAUUGACGAAAAGUACUCCAACCAAUAUCCUCCCGCAAACUCUGAACACGAUCUGCCUUUGGUGACAGAUCGCACCAGCUCUGCUCUAGAGACCCUUCAUAAGCCCUUUACCAUCGUCACAGCAGCAUCCUCAAACCAUUUUUGCGCACUCGAGUCCUUUUUGUAUUCACUCUCUGAGGUCCUGGAUGGCUUGGAGCGUACAGAGACCAGACCUACGAUCAUAGUCUACAACCUGGGCGGUAUGACUCCUGAACAGAUGACGCAGAUGCAAUGGCUCAGGGAUAAUCAGUAUAUGGAUGAAUACAAGGAUUUUGAUUACUCCGCCUAUCCCGCUUUCUGGGACAUCACCGUCGCAAGAGGAGAGUACGGAUGGAAGGCAGGCAUCAUCAAAGAGGUUGCAGACAAGAAUCGGGGUUUGCUUCUUUGGCUCGACUCUGGCAACAUGUUGGCUCUCGACUUUUUGCGCUACUUGCCAGGAUACUUGGAAAAAUAUGGCUUCUGGAGCCCUCAGAGCUCGGGCAACUUUCAGCAAUAUACCCAUCCAGGCUUGCCUCAAUUUUAUGGUGAUUCCGUCGAGAAUUAUGCUCAGGAGACCAACUGUAAUGGAGCCGCCAUCGCGUUUGACGCAUCAAACGACAAGAUCUAUAAUGGAUUAUUGAACGAGUGGUACAAAUGCUCAUCCACAAAGGAAUGCAUCGCCCCCAAGGGUUCAUCUAGAAGCAACCAUCGUCAAGAUCAAGCUGCAUUGACAUUCUUGGCUAAACGCUUACGCUUCACGGAGCAGUGCAGGCACUAUCCGGAGCAUUAUGGAGUCACUGUCCAUCAGGACAAGGUUUGCAAAGAAAGGAUACGAGCGUACAAGAUCAUGAAGGGCAUGGAAGAAAGCAGUGCAAGCAUGGAUGUAGAGGAAGAAGAGGACGAUUGAACAUUUGCACACACACACACGCA